GAACUCCUUCCCGAUUUCAUUGCUCCUGCAGAAACUAUGAAUCGGUGGCACCAGCUCCACAUAGGCAACUGGAUGGCCAAGUUCGCCCCUCCCAGCGAACCGCUAUCCGAGGAGAUCAGUACACGACUACGACAGCUCACCGAUGAGACGUACAAGAAGAACAAUAUCAGGUCGUUCAAAGAUAUCCGUAUUGAGUCCGACAUGCACAAACCAUUUACCGGUCUCAUACAGGCGAUUUUGACAGAGUUCGAGUCGAAAGACAUCGUAGCUCUGGAUACAUCCGUUCACGAAGACGACGACAAUAAGAAAACGACGAUUCCCGACGGCGGCAUUUACCGCGCCAGCAACGAGGCGCGGCGUGCCACCAAGCUCCUCCCCGCUCGCCUGAGGAACAGAGAGAUGCAGCCUGAGCCGAAGGAGGAGCGCCUCGACCAGGCCGUGCGACGCUCUUGGCACUGGGUGAACACGAUCAUCGAGGGGAAGGGGAGUCCUGAUCGGUGCGCUUUUGACUUUAGAAGGCACAGAGAAGCCUUCCUUCGUGAGUCGGAGGAGGGUAGGGCCGCGCUCGAACAGCUUGCCGAGUAUAUGGCUCACGUGUUCAAAUACCAACAUCGCACUUUCGCCUACGCCAUCUACUUCUUCCGUAACAAGGCCCGUCUCAUAUACUUCGAUCGCACCGGCGCCGCUGUCUCCGAUUGGUGCGAUUUUGAGAAGGAUCUCUACCUGCAGGAGUUCGUGUACAGGCUCGCAAAGGCUGGAGACGCAGAGCGCGGAUACGAUCCCACGGCCACGCUUAUGUCCCCCGAUUCGCAGGAGGUGCAGGACUUCCUCGGUUGGGACAAUGCCAAGCUUCCGCUAUUCCGACAGUGGGUCAAGCAAGCUACUGAGAGGUCCUGUCCCAUCUACAAGCUGGAGGUCACAUCGGAGACGCGAGACGCUUCCGGAGAGGUGCAUACAGCGCGUCGCUACUUCCUCGUCGGUCGUCCUCACGCUUGCGGCGAGGCACUGGUCGGUCGUUGCACUCGGGGAUACAUCGCGUUCAACCUCGCUGAGAAGACUCUGUGCUUCCUGAAGGACUCGUGGCGUGCCGUCGUCCCCGGUCGUACUCGCCCAGAGCAUGAAGUAUACCAGCGUCUGUACGCGAGACUCAAAGCUUCAGGCUGUUCCACAGACGGCUUACCUACUUUGCUCUGCGGUGGCGACGUCGGUGGUCAUGAGGCCCAGAAGACUCGCGUGCAUUCGGAAAUCACGCAAGCGCAGCCUGUCCCUCGAGCCCACCAUCGCUUGGUCCUAUGUGAAGUAGGUCUUCCCCUGGAAAAGUUCGGCGACUUUCACAGUCUCGUACAGUUAAUGAGACAAGCUGUUGACACGCAUGCCGACGCCUGGAAGCAUGCGGGCGUCCUUCACCGUGAUAUCAGCGUCUCGAACAUUCUUAUCAAGUAUGAUAUGGAACGUGGUCGAGCUGUGGGUUCGAUGCUUUGCGACUGGGAUCUCAGCAAGUAUAAGGAGGAGUUGGUGUUGGAACCGACUCAACCGGACCGCACUGGAACGUGGGCGUUCAAGUCCGCUCUAUCCCUACUUUUCCCUUGGAAACGAUACGAACUGUCCGACGACAUCGAAUCCUUCGUGCACGUUUUACAUUAUCUCAUCCUCAGGUAUCAUCGUACCGACCUCGCCCCGACUCUCGAGACUUUCUUCAACGACUACUUCGGGUUUCACAGGGUCCAUGGUGACAUCCAAUAUGGUGGUUUUAUGAAAUGGCGCCUUUUCGAUCACGACGCCGUCAAAACUCCGUACCGCGUCGUGUCCGACCAUCCUCUGCAAAGCCUUGUGAAUGGCCUAGCUGUCUUGUGCCACAACCAAUAUCAGCUCAAGCGCCCAUUCGUCGAAGAAAUGACUGCGGAAUACGAGCAUCCCUUCCUGGCGGGGCCGGACCCUGUUUCACCUUCCGCCAGCGGAGGCGUCUCUCUGGAUUACUUGGGGCGCUACGAAAAGCUUGAGGAGAAUCCAGGGACGGGUGUCCAGGCGUUGUCUUCCCAACCCGCCUCAGUGUCGUCACCGAGUAGCUCCCCCGGGGGGAAUUUGGAGACGCAUAAGGACCUCAUCCUGCUGCUGGGGCGUGUCAACAGUCUCUAUCUGAGAUUGUCGGCGUCCGCUGCAAAGAGCGAUCAACAAAGGGACCAGUUCGAUUUCCAGCGUCGCGAGAGCAACACAUCGAAAUUCAAGUCGAAUUUCUCGACGUCCGAGCACUUCGAUCUGGCGCCAUCUGGACCUUCCAGUGCCUCGAAACGCGUUCGCAAAGGUGUGCGAGGUACCACGGGAAAGCAACGCAAGCGGAGAAAGGGUGGUGAUGCCCGGGACGACGAUAACUCAUCAGGCCGCGACAGUGGUGCGUCAGGCUCGGGGGAGGACGAGUGAUGGUUAGGCACCUUGCACACGCUAUCUUCGUUCAUGUAUGCAUAUGGUAGAGAUUUCAGCAAUCGUGAUCACCAG